AAUUACUCCUACAGCAAUGACUGUUGCCAUUUCUAACGAUGAGCGAGCUGUUGAACGAGUUAAAGAACGCACAGACAAGGAGAGGAGGUAAAGGAGAAGCUGGAAGAGGAAGUAGAAUAGGAGGUCAAAGAGGAGGUCAAAGAGGAGGUCAAAGAGGAGGUGGAAAGGAAGGGGGAGAAGAAGGUGGAAAUGAGUCUCACAGAGCAAACAGAAGAGAGGCUGUAAGUCCAAAUGACAGGGAGGGAGGAUAUCGAAAAGAGAAUGGUGGUCCUAGAUGGGGGCGCAAGGAUUUUGAAACCUUCAAGGAGAGUAAUGACGCCGAUAUGGUAGCAAUGACUAUAAAUGGAAAGCAAAGCAUCCUCCACGAACUGUUCGAGAGAGAAACUGUACUAGUAGUAAAAUUGACAGUGUUAAUAGCCGAAAAGUGCGCCUUUCCGGGAGUCAAGAAAUCUAUACUUAAACGUUUUACAGAAUGUUCAAAGUCCAAGAAAUAUCUUAUAAAUAAAAUUCGUAAUAUGAGUACAAUUACGAAUGAAAGAGAUGUUUACUGCUGGGAAGAUCUGGAAGAUUUAUGGGAAUGUGUUAUGAGCACUUGUUUAUUUCUAAAAAUGAAAUUUCGAUGGCAAGAUGAGAAUGAAUUACUGGUUACUGUAGAGAAUAUUAACGAGAUGAAAAAUUUAUUUCGAGCUGGAGCUGAAGUUGUUUCAAAUGAAGCUCCUAAAUCUCGCUUUAAAUCAACAAUAAACUAUGAUAAAGAACCUGAAGAUGAUAUUUCUAAUUAUUCCGAAUAUCCUGCGGCAAAGGAAUUACAACGAGACUUUACUCCAUUCAUUAGACCGAUUAAAAAGCACGGCGCUUAUUUAAACGAGAAACAAUACUUGGACAUUUAUUAUAGACUGAUGAGAGAGGAUUUAAUAAGACCUCUUCGAGAAGGAAUUAAAAAGCUUAUCGAAGAAGAUUCAAGUCUCGGAGUUUAUAAAAAUGUUAAAGUAAACGAAAUUUUUGUUGAUAAACGUGGCAUCUCAAGGUUAGCAAAAUUUGACAAACUAAAAAGAAUUAACUGGGAAACUUCGAAACGUCUACUUCCGGGAUCAUUGAUAUGUUUAUCAUCCGAUAAUUUCAAUAGUCUGCAUUUUGCAACAGUUGGAAGUCGGGAUAAAAGUAUUAUUUCCAGUGGUUACGUAACAAUAAAAUUUGAGAAGAGUGAAGAGCUUGAUUUGCAAAAAACCUUUGUCAUGGUUGAAAGUGAAGGAUAUUUUGAAUCAUAUAGAUAUAUUUUAAAAGGUUUACAGGAAAUGCAAACAGAAGACAUACCGUUCAAAGAAGAGAUUAUUUAUUGCAGAAAAGACCAUAGACUUCCUAACUAUAUUAAAAAUUCUCCUUAUUGGGAUCUUACCUGCUUGAUUCCAAACGAUUCUUCUACUUCAAAGGAAUUGAAAUCAACUUUGACUAAUUUUAAUGUUCUUGGUACACAAAGCUGGCCGAAUAAUGAACAAUUAAACUUGGACACUUCUCAAUUCGAAGCAAUUCGAUCUGUAUUCAGAAAUAGAAUAACCUUAAUCCAAGGUCCACCUGGAGCAGGUAAAACUUACGUUGGGCUGAAAUUGGCAAAUAUUCUAUUGAAAAACAAACAAAAAUGGAAAGCUGAGAAUAAUAGUCCUAUUUUAGUUGUUGCUUAUACUAAUCAUGCUUUGGAUCAAUUUUUGGAAGGAGUAUCUUCAUUUGAGGAAAGUAUCGUUAGGUUUGGUUCAAGAUGUAAUUCUGAAUCGCUGAAGAAGUUUAGUUUACAAGAAAAAAGAAGGGAAACACUAUCAAAUUCAUCUUCAUGGGCAAAAAAAAUAAAACACCGAAGAUAUGAAGCGUUCCGGGAUAGAGAAGAGGCUAAAUGUCAAUUAGAGAUCUUGAAAAACAUGAAAAAAAAAUUUACUAAUGGCUUUGCAAAUAUAGAAGAUUUUGAUGUUGAAGAAAGUUGGUUAUUACACGAAAUAGAAACUUCAUAUAGUAAUUAUCAGGUUAAUCCCUUUGUGCAGUGGCUAGUUUUAGAACCAGAAUCUAUGAUGGAAACCAUGCAACAAAAUGCAGAAAGUGGCCUUUCGUCAAAACCAGAUAACAAAGAACAGAAUCUGUCAGCCGAAGAGCAGAAAUUUCAAAACGAAGAAGACGUUGACAUCUCUUUGCAAGAAAUAGAAAUGGAACAUCGAGACAUAGAAGCAGAUGUUAAACAAAUAGAAGAAGUUCGUAAAACAAUUGAAGAUAAAGAGAAUAUCAACAUAAACAUAGACUUAGAAAACGAUGAAGGAUGGACAAUGAAAAUUGAUAUGAAAAAACUCAGAAACAGAGUACAAAAAGAGUUUACUUCAACUGAUAUCAUGGACAAAACGACAGUCGACAAUAUUUACAGCAUUCAAAAACUGUCGGGAAAGGAACGAUGGCAACUUUAUAGAUACUGGGUACAACAGCAAAUCAGAAGACUAGAUAAGAAGAUAAAUGCAUAUGGAAAUAAAUAUCAAAUUUUAUUCGACGAACUAUGUGACUACUCUGAUCAAAUUGAUAUGGAAACAGCUAAGAAUUCAUCUGUAAUUGCUAUGACAACAACAUGCGCUUCUAGGCUUCGACAUUUGAUUAAACAGAUAAAGCCUACAAUUGUACUUUUUGAGGAAGCUGCAGAAGUUUUCGAAUCACAUGUUCUCACUUCAUUAUCUAAAGAUACUCAGCAUUUAAUUCUCAUUGGCGAUCAUCUUCAAUUGAAACCUAAACCAAUUGUUUAUGAUCUCGCUAUCAACUAUAAUCUAGAGAUUUCUUUGUUUGAGAGACUUGUUGAAAAUGAUUUGCCCCACGUUACACUCGGCGUUCAAAGACGAAUGAGACCAGAAGUCUCUUAUCUCAUUCAAGAUAUAUAUCCAGAUCUACAGGAUCAUUUUAGUACAAAGAAUAGGGAUGGGAUCAAAGGAGUGGAUAAAAGCGUUCUUUUCUUUAAUCAUAAAGAGAACGAAGAUAUAUUAUUGGAUGAUGGACAUAGUAAGCGCAACACAUUCGAGGCGCAAAUGAUAACCGGUCUCGUUAAGUAUCUACGUCAACAGAAUUACGAUGGAGAAAGGAUUACGAUCAUUACUCCCUACAUGGGACAAGUAGUACUUAUAAAGAAAUGCAUGAAGGCGCCCAAUGAUAAAGUGAAACAAAUAUUCAACGGUGUUCGAGUGGUAGCCAUAGACAAUUAUCAAGGAGAAGAAAAUGAUAUUAUCAUCUUAUCCCUUGUCCGAUGUAAUACCCGAGGAAUUACGGGAUUUGUGACUAUACAGAAUCGAAUUUGCGUAAUGUUGUCAAGGGCAAAAUAUGGAAUGUUUAUCUUUGGUAAUCUUGAUAUGUUCGCCUCUAAAUCUGAUUUAUGGAAAAAAAUCAAACAAAGAUUAGAAGAAAAAGAUCAAAUUGUCAACUCAUUAAAACUGGCAUGUCAAAAUCACAAUAUUGGCACGGAGGUCAAAAAACCAUCAGACUUUUUAAAAGUCCCAGAAGGUGGAUGUUCUAAAAAAUGUGGACAGAGAUUACCAUGUGGACAUAUUUGUCUAUUGUCAUGUCAUGCCUUUGACCCCGAACAUAAAAAGUAUCCCUGUCAACAACCAUGCAGCAAAAUUCUUUGCGAUCUUGAUCACAAAUGUCCAAAACUAUGUUUCCAAUCCUGUCCACCUUGUAUGAAAAAAGUGAAGAAAUAUAUUGCUGAUUGUGGACAUACAGACGAAGUUCCUUGCUCAGUACCAGAAUCAAACUGGAACUGUCGUAGUAAGUGUACAAAAAGUCUGAAUUGUGGUCAUAAAUGCGAAAGAAAAUGCUAUGAAAAAUGUGUCUGCUUUGUUCCUUGCAAAAAAAGUCUAUUAGGAUGCGAUCAUGUAUGUCAGGGCAACUGUUCUACAUGCUUUAAUGGUAAAAUGCACGUUCCUUGUAAUAAACCAUGCAAAAGAAUUCUUGUAUGUGGACAUGAAUGUGAAGAUAGGUGCACUAAGGAGUGCCCACCAUGCACACGAGAUUGUGACAUGAAAUGCAUCCACUCGGAAUGCAGUCUGAAAUGUGGAGACCCAUGCUAUAUUUGUAAAAUGGAAUGUCCUUUAAAGUGCGAACACCAGAUUUGCGAAAAAAAAUGUGGUGAAGCAUGCAGUAUUAAACCCUGCACAAGACGUUGCAAGAAGACUCUUUCUUGUAAACACCGUUGCAUAGGUUUAUGUGGUGAUGAAUGUCCGCCAAUUUGUGGACAAUGCAAUCCUUCCGUCUAUGAAAUAUUCUUUGGAGUGGAGGAUGAAAAUUCUACAUUUGUCUUUUUGCCCGAUUGUCAACAUUGUAUUGAAUCCGAAUCAAUGGAUGAAUGGAUGAUGAGAGAAAGUAACAAAGUAGGCCUAAAGUCUUGUCCCAAGUGCAGCACAAUUGUUAGAAAAUGUACAAGAUAUAAUAAUAUAAUUAAUCGACAAUUAAAGAAUGUCGAAGAAGCCAAGAAAAAAAUGAUUAAGCCUAUUAGUGAAGAAGAUGUAAAGAAAAACAAAGUGCUGAAUGAUUAUCUUCAACUCCACUCGAAAAAAAACAGCUUUUUCCCUAUAAGUUUACUUCGUCUUCAAACCUAUAUAACUUCAAGUAUUGAACAGAUGAAGGAACAUGGAACAAAUGAAAGGGAUCUGGCUAAAAUCGAAACUUUAAUAUCGAUCAGCAAAAAGCUUAUUGAAUUCGCAAAUAAUCGAUAUAUCAGUUCCGAUAGUAAAAUGGAAUUGGACAAUAUUUGUAAAUGGUUGAUGAAUAUUGAAACUAGCUUUAGUGAUCAACAAGAAAGUGACUUGAACAAUGCUUUAGACAGAAUGAAGAUUUUCCUGAUAAUUGACUGUUUUAAUCGCCAAACAACACAACUAGAGUCAAUUUUGAACCAAUGUCUGGACUAUCAGGCUUUGUCCGUAUAUAAUAAAAUGCUAUUGGGAGCCUAUGUGAAGUCUAGUGAUUUAGAUUAUCUAUUUAAAGCACUAAAAGUUGUGGGAGAUAAGGAGGGCAUGGACCUGAAUGAAGAAUUAACAAUGAAAAAGAAAAUGGCUAUAAUAAGAGCUAUGGACAUACCUAGAGGACAUUGGUUUAAAUGUCCUAAAGGUCAUAUAUAUGCAAUUGGCGAGUGCGGUGGAGCAGUAGAAGAGUCUAGAUGCCCUGAUUGUAAAUCAAUAAUCGGAGGAACAGGUCAUAGAUUAGCGGAAGGUAAUGCACAUAUUGGAAGUUUUGAUGGAUCAGCUAUGUCCUCAUAUGAUACAGCAGUAGCAGCUCAAGACGAACGUCCUCUGAUCGACUUUGAUUAG